UUUGGUGCCCCACGUCAUCUGCUUUGCUGCUUGUUUCUCUUUCUCUUCUCUCUCUCUCUCUCUCUGCAACACUUCUUCUCCUCUUCCAUCUCCCACUACAAUCUCCCUCUCCCCUUCCCUCUCUUCCUUCACAACCUCUCACAACUGUCAUCAUGGUCGGACUCGGUCCCAAGCACCCCCCCUCCCGCAAGGGCUCCGUUGCCGACAUCCCCCAGGAUCUCCUCAAGCAGAUCAAGGACUUCGAGGAUGAGUUCACCGUCAACAGCGCCACUCUCAAGAAGGUCGUCGACCACUUCGUCUCCGAGUUGGAAAAGGGUCUCAGUGUCGAGGGUGGUAACAUUCCCAUGAACGUCACCUGGGUGAUGGGAUUCCCCGAUGGCCACGAACAAGGAACCUUCCUCGCCCUCGACAUGGGCGGCACCAACCUGCGCGUCUGUGAGAUCACCCUGACCGAGGAGAAGAGUGCCUUCGACAUCACCCAGUCCAAGUACCGCAUGCCCGAGGAGCUGAAGACCGGUACCGCCGAGGAGCUGUGGGAGUACAUCGCCGACUGCCUGGAGCAGUUCAUCAACUCCCACCACGAGAACGAGAAGGUCUCCAAGCUGCCCCUGGGCUUCACCUUCUCCUACCCGGCCACCCAGGACUACAUCGACCACGGUGUCCUGCAGCGCUGGACCAAGGGUUUUGACAUCGAUGGCGUCGAGGGCAAGGACGUCGUUCCCCCGUUGGAGGAGAUCCUCAAGAAGCGCGGCCUGCCCAUCAAGGUCGCUGCGCUGAUCAACGACACCACCGGAACGCUCAUCGCCUCCGCCUACACUGACACUGCCAUGAAGAUCGGCUGCAUCUUCGGCACCGGUGUCAACGCUGCCUACAUGGAAAAGGUCGGCCGCAUCCCCAAGCUGGCCCACAUGAACCUGCCCGCCGACAUGGACGUGGCUAUCAACUGCGAGUAUGGCGCCUUUGACAACGAGCACAUCGUGCUGCCCCUCACCAAGUAUGACCACAUCAUCGACCGCGACUCGCCCCGUCCCGGCCAGCAGGCCUUCGAGAAGAUGACCGCCGGUCUGUACCUGGGCGAGAUCUUCCGUCUGGCCCUGCUGGACCUGCUGGACAACCACCCCGGCCUCAUCUUCAACGGCCAGGACACCUCGGAGCUGCGCAAGCCCUACCUGCUGGACUCGUCGGUCCUGGCGGCCAUCGAGGAGGACCCCUACGAGAACCUGGAGGAGACCGAGGAGCUCCUCGAGCGCCUGCUGAAGAUUAAGGCUACCCCGGCGGAGCUGGAGAUGGUCCGUCGGUUGGCCGAGCUGAUCGGCACGCGUGCCGCCCGCCUGUCCGCGUGCGGUGUGGCUGCCAUCUGCAAGAAGACCGGCAUGGAGUCCUGCCACGUCGGUGCGGACGGCUCGGUGUUCACCAAGUACCCCCACUUCAAGGAGCGCGGUGCGCAGGCCCUGCGGGAGAUCCUGGACUGGGCUCCCCAGGAGCAGGACAAGGUGAGCAUCAUGGCCGCCGAAGAUGGAUCCGGUGUGGGUGCCGCCCUCAUUGCGGCCCUGACCCUGAAGCGGGUCAAGGCCGGCAACCUGGCGGGUAUCCGCAACCUGGCGGACAUGAAGACUCUGCUAUAG